AUGCUCAUUCUUCUCGGCGUGUUCCUUAUAAUUAUACUUGUAUGCUUCCUUCUUCGGAAACAGAUAUAUGAAGUUGCGAAUCGCGGAGCCGAUCAAAUGAAUCGGUUGCUAGGCUACCACCUGUUGCCAACAACGCUUGGCUCAUUCGAAGACGACAUUGAUGAUGGAUUGACAAGCUCGCAAUUCGACUUGGAAGCCAACAAUGUCGAAAACAAUGACCAGCGUGCGGGUCUGAAAGACAAGGAGGAGAUACUGAAGAUCAUGAAGAAACAAAAGGUGUCGUUUGACGAAGCCCGACUCAUUCGUCAACAGCGUUUGUUGAAGAAAAAUAAUAUUGAUCCUGCUACUGGCCUACCGCUCGAUCCUAAAUUCGUUACAUUUGGACCUUCGCCUUCUCAAAGCUCGUCUUCAUCUUCAUAA